GAAACAAAACUUUACCCAAAGCCAAAGAACCAAAAAAUCGCACAAAUAUUAUGUGGCAAAAACACUUGAAAUAUCCUACAAUAAAUAUAUUAAAUAAAUUAUAUCGAACCGGCAUUAAACUAAGCGAUCUUGAUAACCUAGACUCCCAACAACAACUAGAAAAUAUAGAACUGAUGAGAAGGAAACUAGGUACUAAACAUGAUUUAGACAUACAACCAUACCCAGAGAAAGGCUCGAUAAUCAAUACUCAACCGAAUGGAAUAACACAAAUCAUCACAGACCCAAUACUGAUAAAAGAUAAAGUAAAAGAUCACCUAUACCAAUGGACAAAAGGAAUAGAAAUUGAUUCCUCCAUAAAGAAUACACGAUGGGAAAACAGAUACAAACCAAUACCAUCAAUAAAUAUAGAAAUAUAUGACCCCCUAUUAAAAGAAAUAAAUAAAGAAGAAAUAAAAACUGUAAUCAAAUUAAUGAGCAACAAUAAAGCUCCUGGGCCAUCACUGAUACCAUACGAAAUUUUUAAACACCUAGAUGAACAUGGACUAGAAAUGAUGA